CUCCUCCAAAAUCCCCUUAAAGUUUGACCUAAUUGUCUUCAACUGAUGUCCUGCAUCUGAUUAUUAUGUUUUCAAUAGUAAUAAACACUAAUAUUAAGCGGUUAUUGGCCAAUGUUAAACUUAAUUCAUCUAGUUUAUUGAGGAUUCUUGCUUUCCUAAGUGUCUUCCUGAGCUGUGAUGGAGCUUUAGACCUCUGGGGGGCCUUGAGUAGGUUUGUGGUUGAUACACACUGCCCUCAUUUGCUGUGGAGGUGUCACCUCCAGCUGGGUAUGAGGCUCUAGUGAGUGAGUUUAUGUAGGAAAGAUCAGUGCUGUGCUGACAAUGGAUCCGGAGUUGGGGGAGGCUGUUCAGAAUACACACAGCUCACAUAUCCUGCCUUUCACUCUCACACACACACUGGAGGAAGCAAAUCUAGACCCCCCUAAACUACACACACUCCUACUCUCUCUCUCUUCUCUCUCUCCCUUUACCUCAUAGUUUCCUUUUUCUCUAGAUAGCGUGUUCUGCAGACUCUUGGUCCGUCUGUGUCUCUAAACCCUCUCCCUCUCCAGUUUCCUGCUCUGACUGCUCCAAUGCGCUUUGCUCUGUAGUAGCUUUAGCAGUUUUACGCUGCUUUCAUAGUCUCCAGUUUCUCUUGUUCUCCCUCCCUCCUUUUCCCUCUCUCUUUCUCUCUCUCUCUAUGUCUCUCUCUUGUUGUUGAUACUGUCAUGGAGAGGCUGGACGUCUUCAGGAGCAGAGCAGCCACCACCAACUUGGACUCGGAGAGCAAGCGAACGGCCCACUUCCAAUCGUCAUGGCAACAGCAUGUGAAUGUGUUCGGCUCGUGGAGUAGGCCGGAGUGUGUGCAGGAGCUGCACCAGGAGGCUCAGCUCAACCUCCAGAGCCUGCUACAAGACUUUGAGGAGCAGCUGUAUGAUAACAGGGUAACUGGGCAGACAUUCCGGCACCCCUCCUCUCAGAGCUCAGAGGACACCUCCACCACGCUCGGCCUGUCGCCUUCCUCACUCAACAACAAGAAGCCCGAGUUUGUCUUCCUGCCUGCCAAUAAACAAGUGUGUGAGGAUGAGGGGACAUCAGUAGGGAUCCGGGCUCAGGACCCAGCUGCCUGUGGCUCAGAUCGUGCCCUCCUUGGCUGGAACUCUUCAGUCGGGCCUCCUGUAGCAGAGAAACCUCGCUGGCACCUCACUGGGCGACACACUCCUGCACACCUUGUCCCCAUCGACAUUACAGGCCAGAGCUUUGAUAAGCACGCCAGCGAACUCCAGGCCCCCUUUAGAACUGAGCCGGCGGUCAACCCAAAGACCGUCCGCCGCCCGAGGAGUGUGAUCGCAGGCCCCGAUGUCACGCUGCACUGCCAAGGUGAUGGCAAGAUUCUUGCCGUUGAUCUGAUACAAGGUGCCUGUUCUCCUGACUCCUCACAGCCCAGAUCUCUGGAACCCACCACAGAGAACACAGGAGAGCAACACGUACCCUUACGGAAAACCCAGAGUGACCUAGAGCACAGUGUCCCAUCAUCCCCCAAGAAACUCUCAGGCAUGAUGGAUCACGCCACUCUUAUGUGCCCAAGCCCUUCCUGGAAUGGCCCAAAAGGUUCCACCUUCUCUCCUUCCUGGAAUGAUUCUUACAACUAUGCUCUGGCCCCAAAUUCUGUCCCUAAGCAACCUCUGUCCAAACCUGGGAUGUUAGCACCAGGCAGUGGUGGUGGCCUCAUGUGUCCUUCCCACACAAGCUCUGGUCUGUCUAUGAGUUCUGGAUCACACUCAAGCUCCUUCACCUCUAUCUCAGAACCAUCUGGACACAGGGCAUAUACAGUCGCACAUGGCAAUGCCAUGCCAGGAAAGAGAAAUGAGACACAGAGCACAGCAAUCAGUCCAGGUGCCAACCACAAGAAUGACAGAGAGAAAAGGUCGGCACGUGCCAAUGCUUUCAAGUUCCGAGAGCGCUCCCUUUCCACACCAACAGAUUCUGGUUCUCUCUGCUCAACAGACAACAUUUGCUGUCCAGGUGAACCAGUGACUAUGGUGCGAGAAGGUGAAAGCUAUGCCCUGCUCUACCCAAGCAACAGCUCUGAAGACAGCACCAGCACUGACAAUGUAUCAGUUGCAACAGGGUCAGACUUUUUCCCAGAGGGCCGACUGAGAUCACGAUCGCGCAGCAUCUCGCUGAAGAAGCCCAAAAAGAAGCCACCGCCUCCAGUUCGCAGUGUGUCCUUAAUGAAAAACUUGUCACAGUCUGGUGGGAUUGGAUCUCAUCAUGGAGAAGGGCACUUCCGAGGAGGUAGACCCAAGAGCCUCUUCAUUCCUCGAGAUCAUGAACUCCAGGAUACGUUUCAACCCGAAUUCCUCAUGGCAUCUAAAGCAGAGGAAGAGACUCACAGCAGUUUGGAGACAGCCUCUGAUACCUCUCAGCCUCCUGACAGAGAAACAGACCUGGCCUUCCCUCCUCACUGGCAACUGAAUGAGUGGAAGUCCAACAAUGACCCUUAUCGCUCAUUAUCAGGCUCUAGCACAGCUACAGGUACUACGGUGAUAGAGUGCAUUAAAGUGCGAGGAAGCUCAGAGUCUUUGAAUUCACCGCAAACCUCACGAGCCACUUCCCCUUCUCAACUUUCCAUUGAAGCUGAGACAAAGGUCUCUCCAUUCAAACCUCCAUGCCUGAUGUCCCCAUCCAGCGGCUACUCGAGUCAAUCUGAAACACCCACUCCAACUAUUACAAGCUCUGUCAUAAGUGCACCCACCCCAACAGCAUGCAAGAUGCGUCCAAAGAUUCCAGAGAGAAAAUCCUCACUUCCAGCCACUUCCCCAAAAAACAAAUCUCGGUCUCGUCUGUCCUUCGAGCUACCUGUGAAUUCUCAAAUAGACUUGUCUUCUGUGAAACCCAAACCUAAAGCUUGCCGGAGACACUCGGACACAUCUACAGCCAGCAAGCCAGGAAAACUUAGUCCCAGUCAAUCGUCACAACCCAUGGUUACUACAACAGACCUACGCAACAUCAGACUUCGUUCAGUCAGUCGCUCAGAACUUGAGGACAGUCCUGAUGGCUCCUCUGACAUCAUAGAGGAAGAACAAGGUCGUGAUCUCAGUCCUCCUAUCACCCCCUCCAGCUCUAAACCACCCAAACCACCAGUUGCAGUAAAGCCACCACUGCCUAAACGACCCAUGAACUUAAGCCUCAAAUCUCCCUCAUCUUCCCCUCAGACCCAAGAAUCUCCACCGGCCUCCCCAGUAGACCGACCCAUGCCUCUAGGUAACAUCUACAUGGUGGUAAGGAAGCCCAAACCCAAAAGGCCAGCUCAGUCACCCGUUAGUCCAUCUGCAGUGACCCCUCAAGAUCAUUUGCCCAGCUAUCCACCUCCUCUCCCUGAGUUUGAUCUUGAACAUGGAAUCCCAAUUGAGGAAGAUUAUACCAUUCCUAGCAGCCCAGAGAGAGAGGAUAAGAGCAAGACCCUACCUAGUCGAAUGACCAUAUCCUGCUUAGCUGAGCUGGACAGGAAGAAACCCAAGGUACCUCCACCAGUGCCCAAAAAACCAAAUGUCCUUCUGUUACCUUCCACUACUGUCCAAACCAAUGGGAAUACAGAUAAACAGACUCUCCUUCCAGACAGUGGCUCUCAGUCACCCAUAGGUCCGCCACUAACUGAAAUUGUAGAGGCAAUUUCUAAAGAGGUGGACCAGGAAACCCCCAGUGACCAAGAGACCUUUGGGAUCCCUGAGAGCAGCAACCUGCAUCAUGAAAAUCUAGGAGAUCUGGACACUCUUGGAAAUCAUAAUGUGGCAAAGGAUGAUGCAGCAAAACAUGCAGGAUCUUAUCAUGAUGUUAAUGAUUCAGCUCUUGCUGCAGAUGGAGUAACAGAAUCUCCAGUGGAUAACAACAGCACCAACGACAAAACAGAACUCCACAUCUCUGAAGAGACAGAUGACGAUGUGUUCGUCCAAACUCCUACAACUCACACAACUGAGGACCUUUUCACCAUCAUACACAGAUCCAAGAGGAAGGUCCUAGGCCGUAAGGAACCAGGGGACUCAUUUGGCAGCCGGCAGAGUCUUGUCUCACCUGUGAAGAGCAGCGGCAGUGACAUUCGAACGCUCACCCUGGGAAGCACCCCGAGGUCGAGCUCUCGGAACGAGAACUUCAUGGCUCUUCUUCAGAAGAAGAGCAGCAAGUCAAGCAGUGGAACCCGGGUCUCUGCCAUGGAGCUGCUGAAGAGCACGAACCCUCUGGCUCGGCGCGUCACCGAGUUCUCACAGUUGGAUCCGGACGUUGCUGGAACCGACCCAUCUAAAGUGGCUCCACCAGACCAGUGAUUCAUCUUGUAUAGAACCACAUGCAGGAUCCUAUCUGUUACGGCUGGUUUUCUGUUAAAGCUCCACUGCGCAUCUAUAUGGUUUCAUUUCCCAGGACCUCCCACUGUCUGGCUGAGGAGGCGCAGGAGUUGUUGCAGUGGGAACACUGGGGUCUCACUUUUUUGUCUUGAUGUCAUGCUGCUGUGGAGCUCUGUCCAUGUCAUAGGAAUGGGACCUAGUGUUGGGACACUUGAACAGUGUAAACCAGUAAGUUAGGAUGGCCUUGUAUUCUGCCACUGAGAAAGUUCAUGUACAUGAACAAUCGUAUGGAAAUGGUAACAUUUUGAUACUCGACACAAACAUUAAGGGGCACCAGCUAAUGCAUGUGGCCGAAAUCUGCAAAGCCCAUUUUUAAAAUGAAUACGGGACUGAGGCAGGUGUGAGACUUGAGAUCACACACAAAGCAGAGCAGACUGAGCUGAGCGUCCAUUCAGAAACAGAAACAUUCCAUAAAAGGUUACAAGCAAAGCCUGGUACCCCUUAAAACAAAGCACUUUUUCAUUACAAGAAGUAGUUUACAGAUUAAGAUGUAUUUUUUGGUUUGCUGUCGUUUUUCCCCAGAAAUGAUACGAAAGGGAAUAUGAAAGUCUUAUGGGUUUUUAUUUAACCUAAAGAAAGCUAAACAUAUACAAUAUAUAUAUGCUAAAGUGUAAAUUCAAAAUUAUUUGAUAAAAUAGGUUAAAGACAAAAAAAAAAAAAAUCCAUUUACGUGACUUUACUUUUAAAACUGCCUAUUGUGAGAGCGUUCACAGCACAGAGGGAUCAAAGUUACAAAAUGGACCACCGCCAUGCAGCACACUUCACCAAUACUGUGACCCCCCCUAUCUAUAGCUCUUCACACACUGCCAACAUUGGCAAUUGUGCAGUGUGUGUGUGUAGUGAUGCUAUGUUUUUGUA